AUGCAACUGAGAAAGUGUGUCACGAUACCCACUCGCUUCGAAGAUGAAGUGCACAUCGCACCUCAAAAUGGCAAUGGAACAAAGCCAGCCUAUCCCAAGUUACUCCAAGCUCAGAUUGUCCCUUUCAAUCCAAACAAUCCUCCAGCAGCCUUUCCUUCGCUUCCGCUGACAUCUGUCGAUGCGCCUGUUGCGAGAAAUCCGAGCGGAUUUGAAGAGCUGGUGAAUGUUCCUCACACAGUGGAUUCACUUUCAAAUGGGGGUCUCCGUAUCAGCUUGGACGGCAGCAGUGCAGUCCAAGAAGACCUCCCGCAAACAGAGCGGCGAACAGUUUCACCAAUUGCAAUGCAGAGAAAUGCCAGAAUGCCCGUGGGACUCAUUAUCAAUGGGCCAAGGGCUGCAGAGGUCGCAAGCACCAGCUCAGAGAACGAUUGCAAUGUGACAUGGGAUCUACUUCCAUUGUCUUUGCAGUUUCACAUCUACAGAGUUCUAUUGGCAAACUAUUCCCCAAAAUUGGUGCCCAAGCUUCUGGGAUUGACCGAGCAUGAAGCGAGCCAAAUUCAGAAAGCCGUGGGCAUGCGCGUUCUGCAUCCAGCUUCGGUUGAGGAGAUCUGGGAUUACUGUUCCAAAGCUGGCGUCGAAGGCCCUGCAACUCUUGAAUCGCCCUCCUCUAUCGACGCCGAUGUAUUCAAUGAAUAUGUUGGCUACAUGAUUUUUGCGAGCAACUAUGAGUUAGCAUUCGAGGCUGAGGUCCGCCUGGCAAAAGACUUUUUGUCAAGUCGUGGCAUUGCGACGGACUUACUUGGAACGUGGCUGCCAGAUCCUUCAGACGCGCAGUUUGGUGGACUUUACAGACAUGUUCCGGGCACGACGGAUAUGUCGCUCCCGUCGAACAACCAACUGCAUGCCGAUUCAGGAUAUUCUUCGUUCUCAGAAGCGGACCAGACGCGUGCAGCACAGCGCAGUGAAAGACGCCUCCGGCCUAGACAAGAUCUGAUCAAGAAGAAGGCAAUGGAAAAGCGAAGCACAGGGGACAUGAAUCCGAAUAGUUUGGUCUAUUCGAUUAAGCAUCGCCCGACAUCACAGCGUCCUUUAAUUGACUUGGAUCCGAAUCUGAUGGUGAAAAUCAAGCCUCAUCCCCUAGCUACCGUCACAAAAGUGGGUGAAUUCUUCGAUCCAUCUGGAGUUCCAUUGUCCAAGCGACUUCUUAAGGCCGAAGAGUGCAGUCGGGAUUCAGCAGGGGGUGAUACCUCUCAAGAGAUCACCACAAAGUCUUCAGAAAAGCCUUCGCCGAUUGGGAUUGCGCCAAAUCCUCAGCGCUUAAUUCUCAAGAUACACAACAAGGACGGAUUGGCCAGGAUUUUGAGAAAGAACCCAAGCCCGUUAACCCCUCCAAACUCUGGAAAUACCACAGCAGUGUCUCUCGACGGGCUUGCGAACCCUUCUCAGCCUUCAUCACUCAUCCCUCCAGCAUUUGCUGUUAGUUCAUCUGGUUUGAGCACGGGUCCACUGGUGAAGGAUGUCGAACGACCGCCAAAUGACGGCACGCUCAGCAUUACUUCCGCCAGGCCCGCAACACGUCCUCUGGUCGAAUCCCAGCCUGUGGCGCCGGAGAAGACAAAGCGAAAGCCUUCCCAGUCAGAUAUUGGUCCAGAUAUCAGCAAGGUUCAGCGAAUGCUAAUCGAUGCGGCACCUGUGAAUCCUUCUCAAUCUAUUUCGCACGAGAGCAAUAGUGAUAUCGGCCAGCUUCACACCGAAGCAAAAAGAUCUCAUAAGCUUUCCACUGCCCAGUUGAUAGCAGCCAUUGAAAGUACCCUUCCCUUGGAGAGUAUGAGAUCAAGAUCACCGCCCUCGCCAUCAUAUUCUCCGAUUUCCGAAAAUGAGGACCUGGAAGAGCUCCAGGCACGACUCCGAGGACCAAUGAUGGACCGAAUGAGGAGCAAGAUGCCAGACCAAGGGAAGAGCCUUGCUUUGCAAUCAGAGCUUGCUCUUGACCUGAGCUCGCUUUCGAAUCCUACCUUUCGGGCUAACGGAGAGGAAUCUCUGCAGGCAGCGGGGAACAGUGGCAACAUAACGAGUGAACACGAGUCCUUGACGACUGCUGGGGAAGAGACAAUGGAGAAAAAGAGCGCCAAGAGAAAGAAAGGUGGCGCUCCGAGAGGACCCAGAGGCCCAUACAGAAAAACGCGGGAGAGGCUCGCAAAGCAGGCUGAAAAGGAAGGGAAGGCUGGUAAUGGAAAGAGGACCUGA